AGUGAGCAGUUAUGGUUACAAGUCGAAAAAAUUUCACACCCCGGAAAUUAUCUUCGUACCAGUCAAGUCUUGAUACCGUGGUCGCUGCAAAGAGUUCUGUCAUAGCAAAAUCUGGGCUGUAUUCUUUUUGCUAUAACUACUUGCCUACGACAAAAAAUAAAAGAUAACAAAAAAAGUUGACUUUUAUUAACGCCUGAAAGGCACAGGCGCGAUUUAAUCGAGCGCUCGCGUGCGAAGCAGAGCAGCAUUCUCCUUGCCACGCAGAAGCGGAAGGUUGAUCGUUAUUCGAGCUUCUCCAUUUCAGAGCAGAAGACUGCACCGAGUUUGUGUGGUCUACGUGCUUGGUAUAACUACCCAGCAGAGCCCUGAUCUACUUCACAGAGCAAUUUACAAUUAUGAAGCGUAGAGACCGCAUAGUCACCGAGCCGUACCGUCACCAGGAGGGACGCAGCGGGUAUGCGGCUGCGGCGGGUGAGGACGAGCGGGCUGAGACGGGUGAAUUUCACCCCGAAAAUCGAAGCUCCACGGAAGCCACGAAUAGAAAUUGCUGCUCGAAAAAUAAGCCGCUCAUCAUCACCCUGAUCGUGAUUGCCGCAGUCCUCGUUAUUGGUGCUGUUGUCGCGGUUGUGGUUGUUGUGGCGAACAACAACAAAAACUCGUCCGGCAAUGAAAAUCACAACCCGGCACCAGCUCACGAACCUCCCGCGAUGCGGAACCGCGCGGACCUUGGGUCGCUGAAUGAAUUCCAUUCCUCCAGGAGCCUGAAAACCGCUUCCACGACCCGGUUGUGCUAUCUGAUGGGCAGACUUACGAAAAGCAAGCUGCGCAGAAGGUUUGCAACGUUUCCGUGCAGGGCCUGUACGAGGAGAACGGCACUGUAUUGUCGCUUUCGGGGGUCUUCGUCAACUAUCGCUGGACCACGACAUCAAGAUCAAGCAGAACGAGAAAUAAGUGCCAACAAGAAAAAGACGAGAAGCAGCACCAGUCCGCAUUUGAAGAAGGCAAAGAAACGGAAGAACAAAUCCCGCAAAAGCAGUAGACACCGGCGUGGCUCAUCUUCGAGCAGCCUCGGCUCUUCUGGGGCGGCAGGUGGGCCGCGUGCUGAAAGUAGUUCCAGUCGACGCCGACGUCAUAGACGACAACAGUCCUCGUCGAGAGGGGAAGCGGGUAGAAGUACUAAGCGUGAAGACCACCACUUCGAAGCACAAGGAGACCAUGGGGCCGACGAGUCCUCGUUCCGGAGUCACGCGCAGCACAGCAGUAAAACAAGAGAUGCAGGAGGUCGUGGAGAUGGCAUGGAGAUUCACAGCGGCGACAUGACCAGUCCGAAUUUCUCUACGGCUUCCAAGACGCCAGUACAACACAGGAGCAGAUCCUCCAAGGGCGACAAGAAAAAGAGACAUAAGUCCAAAAAGAGUCGAAAAUCACACAACACCUCCUCCUCGUCCGACACAGACGAGCAUAACGACAGGGUCUUUGUUCGUCGGACUCCUCCUCGUUCUCCACGACAGCGUCUUUGUUCGUCGGACUAG